CCAGCCUCCUCCGCUCAGUCACGCACGCUAGCCGGCUGGAGGUGGAUCGCUAGAAACUAUGGGGAACGUCUUUGGGAAGGGGAAAAAGAAGAAGGGGAGGAGGAAGAAGGGGACCAGUGAUUCUAGUGAUGAUGGGACUUUGAAGGACUCGUGUGAUCCCUACCCAUCCUCCUCCUCCUACACACCCUCCCUCUCCUCCUCCGCCUCCUCCAUAUCUAUUCCUCUUCCUCAUCUCCACUCACCUCCUCCUCCUCCGCAAGCCUUCUUUGUGAGCCUCAACAAUAAUAAUAAUAAUGAAAAUAAUUAUGGGAAAAAAAGGAAAAGUAAGAAGGGAAGCAGAAAGAUGAAGGGGAACGGUCUGUCGCCCCCCUCCCCUCCUCUCUCCUCCUCGAAGCCAUCUGGUGUUGAAGAAGGUCGCGUCCACUCGGCCACAGUUUCCGCCGUCAACCCCGCGGCCCGCAGCGUGACCGUCGAGUGGUUUGAGAAGGGGGAGACCAAGGGAAAGGAGAUUGACUUCGAUGCAGUCUUCGCUCUCAACCCAGACCUCGCCCCACAAGACCAGAAUGCUAUGCCUCCGCCUAAGCUGGACGACGAAGAUGAAGAGUCCAGCUUGUCCGAGGCUGAUCUGAGUGACUACGUGUCCGGUCUCAACGUUGGGCGCAUGGCCAGGGGUUCCGGCCGCCUUCUGAGGUCCUCCCGCACACACAGCAACGUGCCCGCCGCCGCCCACCACCCUCUCAGACCUCCAUCCGCCCACACAUCCCACUUGCCCCGCCCGCCCGGGCACCAGGUGGCCCGAUCACAGUCCGCCUCCAGACUCUCCAUGUACACGCGGCAGUCCCAAGUCCCUCAGUCUGCUUCGACUCCGGCCACAAGGAGCAAAGAUGCCUCCAGACCCCGCCCAAGCUACCUGGUCAAGCCGCCCCAGAAUGGAGAGAUCCGCUCCAACCUACAGAACAAGAUCGGGCAGUCCCAGGCCAGGUCGACAGAAAACAUCUCAACCUCCACUGUCAGCAAGGGAUCUGUGCCUGCCUCCAUCCCGCCCGCAGCCCGCCGCCGCAGCAAUGUGGUGAAGGAGGUAGAUCGCAUCCAGAAGAAGAGGGAGGAGCGGAGGAAGCAGCAGGCGGAGAAAAAGGAGGAGAAGGAGGCACUCAUGAAUCUGGACCCCGGCAACCCGCAGUGGGAGUUCCUUAACAUGAUCAGAGAAUUCAGGUCACAACUAGAGUUCCGCACACUGAAAGAUGGAGACCCGCUGGAGGAGCACCAGAUUACCGUGGCAGUCAGAAAAAGACCCCUGAAUAAAAAAGAGGGGCCUUCAAGAAACAUGAUCCCCGCAGCUACUGGGUUAACUCUAUCCGACUCUACACCCCUGGUUGUCGCCGCGCCUAACGUGACCUCCCUUGCAGAGAAUAGUAAGCGCGAGAUUGACGUGAUCACCAUCCCUAAGAGGAACACCUUAUACGUCCACGAGCCCCGCACCAAAGUCGACCUCACCAAGUACCUCGAGAACCAGAACUUCCGCUUUGACUAUGCCUUCGACGAAACCUGUAACAACGAACUCGUCUACAAAUACACAGCGAGACCUCUAGUUCAGACCAUCUUUGAGGGUGGCAUGGCAACCUGUUUUGCCUACGGUCAGACCGGCUCAGGCAAGACACACACCAUGGGGGGUGACUUCCAGGGCAAGAACCAGGACUGUGCAAAGGGAAUUUAUGCUAUGGUGGCCAAAGACGUGUUUAUCUACAUUAAGAACCCAAAGUAUAGAAAUCUUAACCUACAAAUCUCUGCUAGCUUUUUUGAAAUUUAUGGUGGUAAGGUUUUUGAUCUGCUCAACAACAAGACGAAGCUUCGGGUGCUGGAGGACGGGAAGAACGUGGUGCAGGUGGUGGGGCUGCAGGAGAGGGCAUGCGAGAGCGUGGACGACGUCCUCCGCCUCAUCAGUCUCGGCUCCCAAGUGCGCACCUCCGGCCAAACCACCGCCAACAACCAGUCGUCGCGCUCCCAUGCUGUCUUCCAGAUAAUUUUGAGAAACUUGGAUAGAAUAGAAAAGCAAGGCGACAAGGCGUAUAAACUCCACGGCAAGUUCUCUCUCAUUGACUUGGCGGGCAAUGAGAGGGGAGCAGACACCUCCAGCGCCAACAGGCAGACCCGCAUGGAAGGGGCAGAGAUCAACAAGUCCCUCCUGGCCCUGAAGGAGUGCAUCCGUGCGCUGGGCCGCAAAGGAGCUCACCUUCCCUUCAGGGCUUCCAAGCUGACGCAGGUGCUCCGAGACUCCUUCAUCGGGGACAAGAGCAAGACCUGCAUGAUUGCCAUGAUCUCCCCCGGCAUGAACUGCUGUGAACACACGUUAAACACCCUCAGGUAUGCAGACAGGGUAAAGGAGUUGGGUCUCUCUGAAAGCACUGAGGACAAUUACAAGUCCACGCCAAUAGAGAAGGAACCUGACGAGAAUGGCACCAACAAUGUUGACUACUCCACUCUCUCUAACCUCAAUGAAAAUGAGAUGAGUGCAGACCAGCAGGCCUUCCAAGUGGCCAUGAGUGCAGUGCAGGAGGCUGAGGAGGAGGUGGUGGACCUGCACGGCCAGUACUUUGCCCACAGAGACAAGAUGGACAAGAUGCUCAUCCCUCUGUACCAGAUGACCAACGAAGUGGAUUAUGACGUGGACGCCUAUGCGCAGCAGCUUGGGGACGUGGUGUUGGAAAAUCUGGAGUGGUGGAAUCAGCUGAGGGACCGCGUGGUGAAGCUGCGCCACCAGCUGGAGGAAGAGGAGAAGCUGUCGCGUCGCCAGCACGUGUGAGCGUCGCCAAGGCUGCUGCUCGUGUGUUCGCGCACACGCUCGGAUUACCAGUAGUCACAAUUAUAAUAUAACUAUGCAUCCUGUCGUUAGGAUUAUAAAACUCUAAAAAAAAAAAUAAGUAAUUCAUGGCUUGCUUCAUGUUUUUUCUCUGUUCAGUAUAAAAGACAAGAAGCAACAUCAGCAACAGCUUCAGUCUGGAAAGUGUUAAUCAUCCUUACCCUGUAUAAGCUUGAACUACUACUACUACCGCCACCCUUGGACACCUUUAGGCAUGGGAAGUGUACACCAGUGGCUGUGAUAGCUGCCCCGCCACACACCCGGGCUAACCUAACUUGUACUAGACAUAAAGCUACUAUUAACACGGUGAGAUCUCGUUAGCGUGUGCGAGCAUCCCAGCCUUGACAUAGACAUCAUAUACAAUGGGAACAAAAGUUUAUUAUUUUGGUAAACUAGAUUAGGGUGUUUCAUAUCCAAGCUGCACUGAUAUUAGCCUUCUAGGAUGAAAGAUGUUAUGUAUUGCUGUUAGGUAUGUUAAUAUAUAAUUUAUUUCAUAUUAAAACCUUAUUUUCUCUAGUUCAUGGAUAUUUUGAUUGGUCUUCACAUUUCUUACUUUCAUAAUUGUAGAAAGACAAGACCCAGAGUGCCCCCAACACACGGGAAUGACAGUACAGCUGACUUACAUUGCACGUUGUAAGAGGCGUCUCACAGGGAUGUAGUUCUUGCCAGCCAGGAGUUUGAGUUUGGUCCCUGUGAAUGUUAUCUAGAUCAUUCGUCCAAGUUGUCAAAUGGACUUGUUUUGAUCCCUUGCUCUGCCUGCGCGGGGAGAAUAGGGCCUGCUGAAAGUGGCCUUGGUUAGGUAUUUUUCCAAGAACAGAAGUAGUAGAUAUUUUGACCACACUUUAUCCAUGAAUCCUGAAAGCUUUACAUGGUGUACUCUUGCCAGUUUCCGUUUUCUCAUGACUAAAGGUGGAACAUGUAAUACUUAUGGCUUACUGUGGUACUAAUAUGUGAUCCACUCCAUUGGUGUAGUACUGUGAUAGGCGCGCAGUCAUCAGGGGGACAAAACACACACACUAAUAUACUCACGGACACCAGCUACAGACACUCGGGUUGUGAGAGAAUCUAGAUCUUGGUAAUGAGUAGCGUGUUAGGCAUUACAGCAAGAAUAGCUCGGGUUUUUUCUUUACCAGUCUUGUUUUGUUUGGUUGCAGGGUUCUCAUUCAUAUGAUUCAAGUCCAGCUUAAGAUUCCUGCCAAAUACUCUGGAAGUAUUGAGAUUUUCCACUUUUGUGUUGCAGGAUGUUUUUAUAUCUCUACCUGUCCUAUGAAGUGAAUGGAUGGAUGCAGUUACUAUAGGUGUGAGUGAGUGUGUAAGGUCCUGCAGACUGGAGUGUUGAGGGGAGAGUUACAUUGGCUGGUGGGAUUCCUUAAAGCUGAUGGAUCAGGUUCAGCAUGUGACUUCAUGGCAGCCUGUCCAGGCGUGUACAGUGUGUGAGGUGAGCCAAGCCGUGUCCUUCACCAGAAAGGCUUUAAGUGUUCUGGCAGGGUUGUCUACCUAGUCAACACUUCUUUUUCACAGUUCCGUGGUAUCUUGUGGGCCUCCCGAAUCUGCUGGAAUGUCUUUUUAUUUUUUAUUUUUUGUGAACUUUUCCAGCAAGAGCUUUAAGGAUCUAAAGCCUAUAACUAUUUUCAUUCGAGAAAGAUGCUUUGUUUUCCUUCUGGAAGAGCUCAACCCUGAACACUUCAGGCCACAGGGUCUUGCACAGCAUUGGGCCAGCACUUGUGGUGUGUCCUGGCCAGCAGUAGCCAGCCCACUUUACUGCAGGGGUCAGUAGGCUCAUAUUGUGAUAUUUAUUAAUAUUAAUAAUGCUCGGAUACAUUAGGUCCUCAAGAUUGUGCUCCUGUAUUUUGUAUUUAUUAAUAGGUAAGAGGGUAGCUGUAGGAACGAAAUGUAUGAAGUGCUCCAUCAACUGUGUCUAAUUUCCUUGUGCCGUGCAUUGUUGCUGCUGACAAGACGUGACCCAACACAGCAAAACAUUCUCUGGGAGGGAGGGGAUUAUUGGGAUCGGGGAGGGGAGGUGUAUCGUAUGAGCAGCAAAAUAUGGAUCCAAGCUAUGCUAAAACUCAAUUUGAUGGAGGUGAUAUGCCUCGUCCAGGUGCAAGUACAGGUAUCAGGCUUGGUGGCUCGUUCAGACCACAAGCCGUUUUCCACGACCUAAUUGUGAAUGUAUUGAGGCAACUUCAGUCACUGCAUUUUAAUCUACUGUACUUGAAAACUGAAAAUGACAGACUUUAGCACAGGUUGAUCCAGCAUCAUCUGUCAAGUCCACUUCACAGAAAAACAAAACUGUCACCUUCGUUAAGGAUUUGUGUACUUCCUGAGAUUUCUGUCCAUUGUGGCCGGAGGGAGGUGAGGAGUGGCCAGUUACUGUAAUUGUUACAAAUGGUGUUCAAUGUCAGACUAACAUUCCAUAUUUUAUGAAAGAAUAGCAUAUGCUUGUGAAAUUCUGUCAGUCUGUUAGCAUCAGUUCACCAGCCGGGCCCAGCGUCAGGUUUGGUGGCAUAGUGUUGUUCCUUUUGUAGCCUAAAUGCUAGCAUCAAAUAACUACCAUAAUCAAAUCCACAAAUUCGUCGAGGAGAGAAUCUGUAGCCCCGUUGAACAGUGUCUAGAGAACAAAUUGGCCUGAUCCCUUUAGUUAAUGAUAUGCUCUGUAUCAGAGCUCCAGGGGCUCUGUUGAGGCAGCACCCACUGCUCUGUACAUACUAAUAGCCUGUAAAAAGUGUAUUCAAAUGUACUAAAUCAAUGCAUCUGUCAAUCCUACGGGAUACACACAAGGCUUGUGGAAACACGUCAUCUCACAACUUAAGUGUUCUCUACAAGUCUUGCUUCUGCUGUCCUUCAGUGUGCUUCACUUAUAUUUUACCCUUUUAUUUAUUUUCUUUAGGUGUCUUAACACAAACCUUUCCUAAGAUAAUUCCUUCAGACAAGCUUUACCUUAGUUAACUUAUUUCCUCUGUGCUUGCCCUUGUCUGAGUGACUGGCAUGAGGCAUUGUUAGGUGCAGGUCAGCCACCUCUGUUUUCUUAUAAUGUCUGUCCACAUCUUCGUACCACUGUUUGCAGGAAAGGUUUGAGUAAGAAAGAAUAUUGUAAAUGGAUUUUAAUCAUCAAUGAAAUCUGAACAUUUUUACUCCAGCUUUUUUUACUUUCGGUUUUAUUUGCCCUGUUAUAUACUUUUAGAAACUUCAUUUAGAGGACACAGCAUAGUAACCUGUAAUUGUUGAAUGUUGCAGAUUCUGAUGUUCUCAUUUUAACAUGAAUAAAAGCACAACCUGA